UCAUGGGGAGAUCAUACAAACUCAGCACAGACUGCACCUGUAGUCAGGAUCGAACACAGGUCUCUGGCGCUGUAAGGGAGCAACUCUACCGCUGCGCUACCCUGCCGCCCUUCUUCUUGUAACUUUGUUCUGGAGUUGAUGAUCAAUUUCUUUUGCAAAUUUAUUUUGCAGGGAGUUAAGUGUGGAAUUUCUCACUUACAUGCAUAACUGCUAAUAGUUCUCCCGUAAUGGUAUUUCUAAUUUGUAUUAUAUUGUAUUGUAAUAAGUUUAUUAGCCAAGUAUAUAAUCUCUGCCAGUGUGAGUGGUUUAGAUAUAAAGACUUUUGUAUUAAACCUGCCCUCUGGCUUGUAAUAGAGGCAUCUACCUGCAAAAUUACAGAGAUUUAAUAUCUAUCUGCAAUACAUCUGUGAACUUGAUUUCCCGGGGCCCAUCGAUAGUUGCUUUGUGGGAUUGUGAGAUCUGAUAUUCAGCAUUUUCCUAAAGUCUUUCUCUGUAUUUUGUCUCUGACACGCAAGGAAUUAAAUAAUUCAUUUCUGGAUUAUCCGAUGAAAAACAUUUUAGUUUUUCCAUGUUCUUCAGUGUUUCAAUUUUCCCAGUAGCUGCCAGUAUUUUGGGGACUUGGCUUUACUCCAUUUGAUUCAAAAACCAUUGCAAAAGUAUUGAAUUGAUGCAUUUGGCAGAAUUCAACUUGAGCCCAGCUGAGAUGGAGAUGAUAGUCAUGGUUUUUUAAUUGAUCUGCGAUGCAUCUGCCUCCUGACCUUUGCAUCUUUUAUAAGCCCUGUCUAUUUCCUUUUCAACCACAAUUCAGUUUGCUCCAGUGUUAGACGUUGGAACUUACAUGAUCAAGAAAAAUUGCGGUUGCAUUUUUGGGAAGACUAACAUGGGCAGGACCCACACAUUGAAUGGUAUGGCUCUGGAGAGUGUUGUAGAGCAGAGUGAUCAGGAGUGCAGAUACAGUUUUUUGGAAGUGACAUCACAGGUUGAUAGGGUGGUCAAAAUGUCCUUUGGCACUUGGUCUUUGUCAUUCAGAGUAUUGAGUACAGAAGGUCAUAUUGCAGUUGUUUCGGAUGUUGGUGUGUGCGCAUUUCUGUGUUCAGUUCUGGGCAGCAUGUCAUAGGAAAGAUGUUGUCAAGCAGGAAAGAGUGCAGAGAAGAUUUACGAGGAUGUUGCCAGAACUCGGGAGCAUGAGCUAUAGGGAGAAGUUGACAAGGCUGGGACUCUUUUUGGAGCGCAGGAGGAUGAGGGGUGAUCUUAUAGAGUUGUACAAUAUCAUGAAAGGCAUAGAUUGGGUAAACGCACAGAGUCUCUUGCACAGAGUAGGGGAAUCGAGAACCAGAGGGCAUAGGUUUAAGGUAUGGGGGAGGGGGAUAACUUUUUCAAAGGGUGGUGGAUGUAUGGAACGAGCAGCCGCAGAAGGUGCAGGUGCUAUUGCAACGUUUAAGAAACAUUUAGACUGACAGAUGGAUAGAUCAGAUUCAGAUUCCCAUUUAUUGUCACAUGCACCAAUUAAGGUACAGUGAUAUUUGAGUUACCAUACAUAACACAAUUAAAAGAACAUAACACAAUUAAAAGAAUGAUAGAACUAGGUUUAGAGGAAUAUGGGCCAAACACAGGCAGGUGGGACGAGUGUAGAUGGGAGACAUUGGUCGGUUUGGGCAUAUUGGGCCAAAGGGCCUUUUUCCAUGCUGUAUGACUAUGACAUUGGCUCUAUGAUCAAGAGUUUGGAAUUGUAUGUAGAUUAAUGGCAACAGUGAAGAUUUCUCUUCAAGCUCCCUUUAUAGAACCCAUUUCUGGCAUCAGGCUGCUGUGGCUAUGAAUAAGCCACAUGGACAUUAUAGCUUUGGAUGUAAAAGGUCCUUAUUCAGAUGAUAAACACGCCUUUUGGAAGAACUCUGCAGAACAGUAUUACAUUUUUUAAGCAUGAAGACAACAAAGAAAUGAUUAGAGGUGUAGGAAGGAACUGCAGAUGCUGGUUUGAACCAAAGAUAGACACAAAAUGCUGGAGUUACUCAGCGGGACAGGCAGCAUCUCUGGAGAGAAGGAAUGGGUUAAUGGAAAGGAAUGAUUAAAUCCAGUUUCAAUGGUUAUAAUUACCUACUUUAGUCAGAGAGCUAUACACAUGGAAAGAGGCCAUUCUGCCCACUUGUUCAUGCGAAUCAAGUUGCCAUCCUGGGCUAUCCAAUUUCCCUACGUUUACCCCAUAACCCUCAUCCACCCUCCGCAUAUCUGCCCAAAUGUUUUGAAAGUUGGCAUUGUAUCCACUUCUAUAGCUUCCUUUGGCAGUUCAUUCCAGAAAUGGGUCACCCUCCAUGUGAAAGAGUUAUCUCUAAGAUCCCUUUUAAAUCUUUUCCAUCUCAACUUAAGCCUAUGCUCCCUAGUUUUUGAAUCAUUUACCCUGGGGAAAAAAAACUGCUAUAAAACAUAAUGACUGAAAAGUGAAAGACUUUGAUAGGAAUAGUCUUUCAGGGCAGCAUGGUUGCGCAGUGGUAGAGUUGCUGUCUUACAGCACCAGAGACUCAGGUUUGAUUUUCACUACGGGUGCUGUCUGUGUGGAGUUUGUACGUUCUCCCUGUGAUCGCGUGGGUUUUCUCCAAGUGCUCUGGUUUCCUCCCACACUCCAAAGACGGACAGGCCUGCAGGUCAAUUGGCUUUGUUAAAAUUGUAAAUUGUCCCUAGUAUGUAGGAGAGUGCUGGUGUACGGGGUGAUCGCUGGAAGUGCAGACUCGGUGGGCCGAAGGGCCUGUUUCCGCACUGUAUCUCUAAAGUCCUCCAACGUUUCAGACAAGCUACCAGAUUUUGGACAUCUUAUGCCAUUGAAAAAAACAUUUAAGUUAACACUUGGAUUUUCAUGAACAGUUGAAUCUAAAUGGGUUCUUGGUUUUGGUUCCAGAAAUUGAUAAUACUAUUAACAACAGUACCUUAUUUCACAUCAAACACUUUAUUGCAACAGUCCUGUUUAGGUCACCAGAUGUCAGCAACCUCACAGCAUAAACUAAUAUGAAUGAAAUCCUACUGGCAACUCACAGGAAAGACUAACCAUAUAUAGAACAAGCUUUACAUGACGUCACUGCUCUUGUCUCUCAAAGGAGAAUAUUAUUUUACAUUUGCUUACCCAGACUAAUUAAACCUAAACAAAGCUGUUGGUUGAAUCCAUCAAGCAGAAUGCACAACGUUAUUCUGUUACAUUUAAGUCUCAAAGAAAUCUCUUUUUUCCUGGGUUUAAGGCAAUAGAUUGAUCCAGAAUCUCCCAGGAAAUAUUAUCCACUCCAGGUCUUUAUAACUGCCUUUGUUCCUCCAUCUAUAUAUGUAUUAUUUUUUUUCUCUCUCUCGACAUUCACUGCUGCAGCCUCACUGACUAUGAGUGCAGGCUGUUGGGACUGUGAGAAUGUGCUUCACUAUUCCACUUCAGUAAAUGCUCUACACUGGAUGCUUCAAGCCUGCUGUACAACUGCUGUUUACUAGCCAGUGCAACGUUUCAGGAUUAGGUGUAUUUUCAACACACGUGGUCUGAACAGGCAGUGAACACUGUGUGGAGAGCAAGUGGUUCAAUCAGCGAAAAGCAGUCUUAGUGCACCCGAGGGACUGGAGCAUGAGAGCCCAGAGACGACUGAAACCUGUGUUAAUAAACCUUUCUUUGGAUGAGACUCUACCAUGGAGCAGCAGGAGUUCCAGUACUUUUGCAAACUGACAGCGCACAAAAAAACAAGCAUUAUUGCACAUGCCUCGCCUGCUUUCACAAAGAACAUCUAGUUGCUCAAGCCUUGUCUGCGAGGAGCUGAUAAGGAAAAAUAAAUGAGCUAAACAUUUAUUCAUCAACUUGGCAAGAGCACAUGGGAAGAAAACAAUCAGGAAGGAGCAGGAAAGAACAAGGAGUCAGGGAACCCCAAAAAGGGAAAAAAAAAACCCCCGUCAGAUAUUCCCAUUUCAAGACUGUACAUGCUGAUACACAGCUUGGCUGUAAAAUCGCAUAAUAGGGCUUUCUCAAGACAUCUGAUAAUAACUACAACUAUUAAAUGACUGAGGGACAGUCUAAGGUGCAAGAAUGAAAGGGUUAUCAAGCAGCCGGGGCCACCUCCAUACUGCUAACUGUGACCUCUCAUAUGAUCCACUUUCCCAUCAACAGGAAAGGAAGCCAUACCUCAUUAGCCCAGUCGACUCCCACCCUGGGGACCAUGGCUAUUACCCCCAGCGGAACUCGUUUCACUCGGACUGCACGGUUCAACUCAAUGACCAAACGUCCAGCAGCACUUUCCCCAGGAGACAUUACAGCUCGCACCACGAUCUCAAGGACGAAUGCGCCCUGGCGGUUGCGCCCACUUCCAAUAAAAUCAACCGCAUUCCCCCCAUCCUCCUGGACCAGUUUGAGAGGCAGCUCCCAAUCCGUCGCGAUGGCUUCCACACCUUGCAGUACAAGCGGGCGGCCCUGGAGCACCGCAGCGAGAGCCCGGGAAGGAUACGCCACCUGGUCCACUCGGUGCAGAAGUUGUUCACCAAGUCCCACUCCCUGGAAGGUCCCGCCAGGGGACACAUGAACGGUGGUAAAGCAAAUCCCGACGAGGUGCACGCUCCCAAGCGGGGGAAGCGCAGCAAGAGCAGAGAGAGGAAGUCGGAGGUGAAGAACAAAUCGAACAUGUCAAGUUGGUGGAGCUCGGAUGAUAACUUGGACGGCGACGUUUGCCUUUAUCACGGGCCGACGAACGUGAUGACCGUGGGCCGAUGCCCUGACCGCUCGGUGUCCCAGUACUUCAUGGAAGCUUACAAUACCAUCAGUGAGCAGACGAUGAAAACAUCCCGCGGCAAUAACGACAUGAAGUGCACGACAUGUGUAAAUAUCCCAUUGAACGUUGAUGCCCAAAUCAUGAAGAAAAGCUCGUGGUCGUCGACUUUAACCGUGAGCCGAGCCCAUGAGGUUUAUCAGAAGUCUUCCAUGAAUCUUGACAACAAAACUCUCAUGAAAUCUGAAACAUGCCAGCAAGAGCGUUCGUGCCAGUAUCUACAGGUUCCUCAAGAUGAAUGGAGUGGCUAUUCUCCACAAGGGAAAGAAGAUGAAAUUCCUUGUCGGCGAAUGCGCAGCGGAAGUUACAUUAAAGCAAUGGCCGAUGACGACAGUGGAGACUCGGACACCAGUCCCAAACCUUCUCCAAAGAUUGCCGCGCGACGAGAGAGCUAUCUCAAGGCCACCCAGCCAUCCCUCACAGAGCUCACCACACUCAAGAUAUCCAGCGAACACUCCCCCAAACUUCAGAUACGAAGCCACAGCUACUUGCGGGCGGUCAGUGACGUUUCGAUCAACAGAAGUUUGGAUAGUUUGGAUCCGGCGGUGCUUCUCGCCUCACCUAAGUUUCGCUCCCGCAACGAGAGUUACAUGAGAGCCAUGAGCACCAUCAGCCAGGUGAGUGAAGUGGAAGUUAAUGGGCAAUUCGAGUCUGUUUGCGAGUCGGUAUUUAGCGAGCUGGAGUCGAAGGCGGUGGAGGCGUUGGAUCUACCGAUGCCGGGGUGUUUCCGUAUGCGAAGCCACAGCUAUGUGCGGGCCAUCGAGCGUGGAUGCUCGCAGGAUGAUGAAUGUUUGUCACUUAGGUCUGCGUCACCACCUCGAACCACCACCACCGUGAGAACUAUCCAAAGCAGCACUGUGUCAUCGUGUAUUACGACAUACAAGAAAAAUCCUCCUCCAGUUCCACCACGGACCACAAUUAAACCGUUCAUCUCAAUCACUGCGCAGAGCAGCACAGAAUCUGCUCAAGAUGCAUACUUGGACGGCCAUACCCAGAGGGGUGAUCUAAACAGCGUGUCGGGAUUGAGUAACUCCACCGAGAGUUUGGAUAGUGUCAAAGCCUUAACUGCUGCUAUUGAAGCUGCAAAUGCACAGGUCCAUGGACCAUCUAACAGUCAACAAUACAUUGAUAGCCCACCAGCAACCAACAAGGGAAUCCCUCCAGUUGAGGAACCCAAAUGGGAUGUUUUGAGGAAAAGCAAAUGUUCUUCUGUUGGAAUACAGGUUGAUGGGCCAGAACAGCUAGCUUUAGCAGAUAUGCACACACACAAAUUCCAGUCUGUGGGGAUUCAAGUGGAGACAGAGAAGUGUUUUCGAAGAUUUACACGGUCAAACAGUGUGACUACAGCAGUGCAGGCCGAUCUGGAUUCCAGAGAGCAUUCAGAAAUUACAGUGGAACCCCAGGAGGUUGUUUCAAGUCCAUUGCUAAGACAGCUCUCCAAAGACACAUGUACAGCUAGCUUUCUUGCAUCCGAGGACAACCAUUUGCAGGCCAGAGCACAAGAAAACGCCUUUGACUCCAUUUUUGAUCCCUCUUUUCUGCCACCUCCUGAACCCUGGAUUGACUCUACAUCAGAGGCAGAAGUAGAAGCAGGUCAGAGGUCAGUGUGUCAAAGGGACGGUCGAUGGUUUAUGAAACUGCUUCAAGCUGAAAAGGAGCGCAUGGAUGCCUGGUGCCAACAGAUGGAGAAAGAAGAACAAGAAAAUGCCCUUUCUGAAGAAAUUUUGGGCAAAAUCCGAAGUGCCGUCGGAAGCGCUCAGCUCUUGAUGUCCCAGAAGUUCCAACAGUUCAGUGGGCUGUGUGAAGAAAACAUGAAUCCAAAUGCAUGUCCUCGACUGACCUCCCAAGACUUGGCUGGAUUUUGGGACAUGCUACAGUUGUCUAUUGAGAACGUCAGCAUGAAAUUUGAUGAGCUACAUCAACUCAAGGCAAACUGUUGGAAGCAGGUGGAACUUCCUGAAAAGAAGGAGAAAAGAAUACCCCCUCCCGUGCCAAAGAAACCUCCAAAGGGUCAGGUACCCCUGAAACGUGAAAAGUCGCUUGAAGCCACAGAGAAGCAAAGGCAGGAGGCACGGAAGCGUCUAAUGGCUGCCAAACGAGCUGCGUCGGUCCUGCCUGACCAAAUGAGGACUUGCAGCAUUCUCUGCUUUUCUUCCACCUUUCCAGCAUCCAAUUAGUUGCACAGGCAUUGCAUUAAUCUGUGCAUUUGUUUGCUUAUAAUAGUAAUGACAUAAGAGCGACCAGGAGUGUCAGUUUACCUUUUAUCGCAUUUUGAAGAUAGAUCAUUGCUGAGAAACUGAAUUAUGUGGCAUUACUACUGCUAAGAGUGUAGGAAGGAACUGCUGAUGCUGGUUUACACUGAAGAUAGACACAAAAUGCUGGAGUAACUCAGCCGGACGUGCAGCAUCUCUGGAGAGACGGAAUGGGUGAUGUUUCGGGUCAAGGUCCUUCUUCAGACUGGUUGCUGUGCUCUUGGUCAGGGCAUAGUCAGUGACUUUGGCAGGCCAGCCUUCUGUUUUGUUUCUAGCCUAUCUUUAUAUCAUCUUUGACUUUCAAUCACACACCGCAGCCAGUUUUUUUUUGGGCUUUUUAACGAGGCUCGAGUGGCACAUUAUCUACUUCAGAGGAUCUGUAAGUUUACAAGCACUGACUAAUAUUACACAGCCUUGGUUUUACAACGUUGUGGUAACUUCUGAGAUGUCAGUGUUUCAUUAAAAUGGUUGAAGGACACAUUCUUUUCACCUGCUUUGCUGUCAGAACACAGGGAAGCAAAAACCUAGGAGCCCAUUGAUCUUUGUUCCAAACCUGGUGUAAUUUUAGAUGUGGACAGAGAAUGCACUCUUCACCCCUUUUGUUUUUCCUGCCUCAGGGUAUCAUUGAAAAACAAUCUGCUCUGUAGCAUUGUGUAGGAAGGAACUGCAGAUGCUGGUUUAAACCGAAAAUACACACAAAAAGCUGGUGUAACUCAGCAAGGCCAGGUAACAUCUGACACACAGGAUGCCAAAUCAGUGAAUAUCAGAGAUAGAUAGAUUCUUGAUUAAUAAGGACAUCAGAGGUGAUGGGGAUAAGGCAGGAGAAUGGGGUUAGGAGGGGAUAGAUCACCCAUGAUUGAAUGGCGGAGCAGACUUGAUGAGCUGAAUGGACUAUUUCUGCUCCUAUCACUUCUGAUCUUAGGAGCAUCUCUGGAGAAAAGGAAACGUCAUCUAUUCCUUUUCUCCAGAAAUGCUGUGUGGCCCGCUGAGUUGCUCCUGAGAGCUUUUUGAGUCUCUCUUUGCUCUAUAGUAUUCCUGGCACAGCUUAUUCUGGGUGUGCAGGUCAGAAAAUGCACACUUGUCCUUGGCAAGGUAGCGACUAUUCACAUUUGCGGACAAAAUUGUCAAAACAUUUUUAUCCAACCAUGAAGCACUUCAGUUUUACUGGUAUUUGAUACCACUCUUUUUAUACAACUCUUUAAAUAGUAUUUCAGAAAGUUAAAUAGUUACUCCAAGUCACAAAAAAAUUAAUAUAACAUUUUCAAAAACCUUGGUCUUGGAAAUAAAAACAAGAAGCACAAAAUAUACUGUUCAAUACAUCGAUUUUAUAUUUUUUUGCUUUGCAUCCAAGCAAACUUCAUUGAAGUUUGGGAUAUUAUCCAUGAUAAUGCAGUUCAGAUUUUAACAGCUACAUUUAAAAUGCCAUACUUCGUAAAUGGUUUUCUAUCAGUUUCCUGCACGUAUCAACAUGUGAAUGCUCCUGACUUUAGAGCUAAUCCCUUUUUAACAACUUCUGUGGGUUUUUUAAUUUUAUGUAUGUUCUUUCCUGUUUAUGUUCCAGUUCUGCAUUCAGAGUCAUUAAGAUCCGUUGACGUAGUAAAUGAAUCUAGACCAACAUUUUAACGGUCUUAAGAAGGGGCCCCCAAUCCAAAACAACACAUAGAAACAUAGAAAAGAGGUGCAGGAGGAGG